CAAAACGAGUGCAACGCAGAAUGGAACGGAGUGCGAAUAACGACGAUGAAACGAUUGCUUGAUGAUGCUUGACCCGUUUAAAAAAAAUGCAUCUCUUUCAGAUGCAGUUCAACUAAAAACAAAAUAACGAUACGAAAAAAAAGUAUUCGUUAUCGAUGAUAGAUCGACAAUACCUCGACGGUAUCGCGAGCAUCCCUGUAUCGUGAAGAGUGCGGGCGUGAAAAGCGUAGAGACGUGAUCUUCACCCACGAGUCGACCGUCUCCUAAACGGUCUCCCCGCUGCCCGACGACGGCUACAGCGGCAAGGAACAACUUUGACCACGGUGGAAACGAGAAGAGAAUUCCGGAGGACGUUGGACCAAGGGAGACAGCACGACCACCGCGUGUGCGGCAGUGGGGAUCAGAAGAGGGAGAGAAAGGGAGAGAGGGAGAGAGAUAAUCGACGCGGGAGAGGAAUCUGAUAGAGCGAGACGGCGGAUCAAAGAAUCCGGAGGAGGGAGAGAACGUGCCGAUCCGCGGCGCGCGGUGGGAGAGACCGCGAGAUCGCGUCGGCGAAAUACAAAGAGAGGAAGAGAGAGAGAAUGAGUGACGGUGAUAGAGGGAGCGAAUAGGAAGAGGGGGAAAGACGAACUCUCCUCCUGGUGGAGAGAGAAUCCAACGUGGAGAAAGAGGAAGUCGGGCCGCGAACGCGGGACGAGGAGAGCGAGUGGUGAGAGAGAAAGAGCCGGACCCGCGGCGUGUGAGGAGAGGGAAAACCACGGGGGCUUUUGAAAAAGUUUUAUCUUGUCGGUGCGCUCGGCCUCUCAGACGCUACCGAACGCCGGUACGGUGUUGUUGGGCCACGGCGUGGUCGCGGCCUCCUCGCCGACGUGUUUCUAGGAAAGAGAACGAACAGAGAGAAAGAGAGAGAGAAAGAAAGGAAGAAAGAGAGAAAAGGUAGAAAAUCCCUUUCAUCGUGCGCUCGCGAUUUCCGGUCCCGGUUGGUCCUACCGUCGGUACUUCCGUCCAUCUCGUCCGCCCGCGCGCUCGCGGACGUUCGCGCGAGAGAAUCCCGCGAGGACCGCCGAGAAGAAGGCUCUCGACGAACAUCAUCCGCAGGAUAAGAGGGCAAAUUCCUUCUGCGUGUCCUUGGAGGAAUUGUUCUUCCUUCGCCCGUCUCGCCAUGUACCAACGUCGCUGAGGUGUCCCGCAGUGCCGAUCAAGAGAAAGAGCGAGCGAGAGAGAGAGAGAGAAAGAAAGAGGGACGAAUACGGCGAGGUAGGAAGAGAGAGAGAGAGAAAGAAGGUCAGUCAGGAAGAGGGCGAAGAGGUCGAGAAGUGAUUCCUUGCCGGUCGCGACAGACGACCAGCGGCGAGAUGAAGAACCGUGUGUUGCUAAAGAGUGCAUUGCUCCUGUUGCUGAUCGCGGCGGAUGGCCUGGUGACAGCAUUAGAGGAUGACGACUUGAUUUUCGAUCCGGAGGGCAAACAAACUGUGGUUCAAGCACCAUUGAUUGAAACGCAUCAGGAUGAUUCUUUUUUUCAUAGGAUAAAGAGAGGAGUUUUGGAUUUAAUUACAUUGCUAUCUACGACAACUACACCACCGCCGACAGAUCAAGAAGAAGAAAAUGAAAUUCAAAAUCAAGACAUUGACAAAUCCGUCAUCUUAAACAUUGGAGAUGAAGGAAAUCAUACUCUUGAUCAGCCUGAAGUGCCAAAUGCCAAAACGGGUAUCGGUGUCAUCCAAAAAUUGAUUCUCGAGAAGAACGAAGACAAUAACGAAGCAGAUGAGCUCGAAAAUGAAAUUAAUAACCCUGUAGAAAGUCAAAGAAUACCACUAACGUACGGAAAUACCGAUGAUGAAGAUUUGGCUGGUUCAGGAGAGAUCGAAGGCAGCGCAGGCGAAGUGGAUUACUCUCCCAACUCAGGAAACACACAUCGCAACACUGAUGGCAAAGCACGUUUCUAUCGAAUAACAUUGACAGUUGGCGAGCCGUACAGACGAGAAUACGCUGAUAGAAACAGUCUUGAAUACCGAGAAUUGAGUAGCAAUCUUACACACGCCGUCGAAAAUGUGUACAAUCGUCACAUUCCAGGAUACAAUCAUUUCGCUAGUGUCGUCAAGAUAUCGCCAACGACCGACGCUUUUACGUCGCAAGUUACUCUAGACAUUGGUUCGACAUUCACGGACGAGCUCGAAGUGCGUGCUAUCCUAGAGCAACAGCUGCAAUAUCAUUCCUUGGACAGUAUCCAAGUAGGUCCGGAGGGAUUCACGUUCAGGAUAUUCCAAGCCGGAGAAAAAGACACGCAGCCGGAAUGCGAUCAGAUGACAGAAUUAAGAUGCAGAAGCGGCGAAUGCGUACCUUUAGAAUCCCGCUGUGAUGGUGUAUCACAAUGCAACGAUAGUUCCGAUGAGGACAACUGCCCGACAGAUUCAUUGAAUAAGACACGCGACGAUUUUGAAUACACCACCGUGACAUCACAACAUCCCUCGCUACAUUUCCCGACGGAGACGACUCAUACGGUAAAUCCGGAAGUACCGGACAUCGACGACAAGCAGACCGAGGAGUCCACGCUGAGGUCGUCUUCGAACAAGUGCCGCGCCGAUGACACGGUACGCUGUCACGACGGCAGUCGUUACAUCUGUUCUGUACAACAAUGCGAUGGCGUUCCGGACUGCGAUGACGGUGGUGACGAGAUCGAUUGCCCACAUCCAGGGUGUAGUGCUGGCGAGUUCGCGUGCGACGUAAACAGAUGUAUAUUAGACUCUCAACGAUGCAACUUUGUGGAGGAUUGUCAAGAUGGUAGCGACGAACAUGACUGCAAUUAUCCAGCUUGCUCUUCGACCGAGUUCAUAUGCAGAAAUGGGCAAUGCAUCGACAGUAACAGAUACUGCGAUGGCAUGCAAGAUUGUCACGAUGAAUCCGAUGAACACAAUUGCCCCUGCAAGGAAGACCAAUUCGAAUGCGCGCCUGGUUAUUGCGUGCCCUUAUCACGGCGCUGUGACGGAUACACGGACUGUAUCGGUGGAAGGGACGAACAAAAUUGUUACAACAUGACACGAUGUCGAGCGGACGAAUUCGAGUGCGCCAGCGGUUCAUGUGUCAGCAAAAAUGCAAGAUGUGAUGGACGAAACGAUUGUCUCGAUCAUUCUGACGAAUAUAAUUGCAACGUGACCACCUGUAGUGGGGAUCAAUUCCGUUGUCUGGAUGGCAUCUGCUUAAGUAUCGACAAGCGUUGCAACGGAAUCGCCGAUUGCCGUAACGGCGAAGAUGAGAAUCAAUGCGGUUGCGGAGACACCGAGUUUCGCUGCACGGACGGCAGCUGCAUCAACUACGUGUUGCAGUGCAACGGGGUGAACGAGUGCUCUGACGGCUCUGAUGAGAGGGACUGCGGUUUGGCCCCGUGCCCUUCCACGGACUUCACCUGCGAGGAUGGCUCUUGCAUAUCGAAGAGCUCAGUCUGUGACGGAUUCGACGACUGCCUCAGGGCAGAAGACGAGCUUUAUUGCGAGCGGGAAUGCACGCCUAACCAGUUCAAAUGCGCCACCGGGAACAAGUGCAUCGAGGACGUCUACAGGUGCGACGGCCAUCCGGAUUGUCCAGAUCACAGCGACGAGGACUGCGCCCCGUCCGCUAACGACACUACACACACCACUUCGCCUACCACCAACUCAUCCGAUCCACGCUGGACACCCGAACGCAGAAGAGAAUGCGAUCCGAGGACAGAGAUGCGCUGCGAUGAUGGCAGUUGCGUUCUUCUACGACGUAAAUGCGACAAUAUCUUCGACUGUCUCGACGGCAGCGACGAGCGCGGCUGUGGGGUAUGCACACCUGCCGAAUGGAAGUGUGCCAGUGGCGAAUGCUUGCCGGAAAACCAGAGGUGCGACGGAAUAACGCAGUGCACCGACGGAUCCGAUGAGGAUCUAUGUGUAACCGAAUGUCCACCUGGGUGGUUUCGAUGCAACGAUGGAGUGUGCCUCGACAUUAAGAGACGUUGCGAUGGCCGGCCGCAUUGCUUGGACGGCUCCGACGAGUUCAAUUGCUCUCAAUGCCCCGACGGUCAACUACCCUGCGACAAUGGCGUCUGUAUCAAUAAGAACUUCUUCUGCGACCACAAUAUCGACUGCCAUGACGCUAGUGACGAACGAAAUUGCCCGGAGAGCGGAGAAACUGGCAGUUCAGGUCACGAAUGCCACGAGGGUAGCUUCAUCUGCAGCGAUGGCAGCUGCAUACCUUCAACUGCAGUAUGCGAUGGACGUGCGGAUUGUCCGCACGACGAAGACGAGAUAAACUGCCGUCGAGGAUGCACUCGGGACCAGUUCCAGUGCGCCAAUGGAGAUUGCAUCCGCGCCGAUCAGAGAUGCAACGGGUUCAUCGAGUGCUCCGAUGGUUCCGACGAGCCGGAGGAAUGCGAACCGCCAAAGCCAACACCAGGUCAAUGUGCCGCGGAUCAAUAUAUGUGCAUUAUAUUUAACGACGAAACUAAAGAUCGCGAAGCGGUAUGCUCGCACGAGGAAUGGAGGUGCAAGAGCGGCGAUUGUAUACCUCAACAUCAACGUUGUGAUCGCCGAAUUGAUUGCCCGUACGAUGAUAGUGACGAGUUGGAUUGUCACUAUAGAGCUAUGCAAAGAAAUCACAGUAGGUGCAGCGCGCAUGAAUGGACGUGCAAUGACGGUCAUUGCAUUCCGCUGCAUCGGCGGUGCGACAAAAGGCUCGACUGUCCUAGAGAUAUGUCCGAUGAGAUGGAUUGCAGUUAUGAUAAUUAUACCCAUGAAACAUCUGACCUUAGACUGAAGACGUAUCCCAGUGAACAAGUGAUUAAAGAAAGUCGCGAGGUCGUGUUCCAAUGCCGUGACGAGGGUCUUCUACGUGCCAGAGUACGUUGGAUUCGCGGCAACGGCCUUCCUCUGCCACCCGGCAGCCGAGACAUCAAUGGUCGCCUGGAGAUACCCAACAUUCAACUUGAACACGCUGGAACCUACAUCUGCGAAGCCUUGGGUUAUCCACCGUCCACCUCCGGUCGUCAAGUGACCGUCGUUCUUACUGUCGAGAAAUUUGAACAACCGGCCACCAGACCACCACAAGUGUGCCAGUACGAUCAAGCUACCUGCAGCAACGGCGAUUGUAUUCCAAAAUCGUACGUUUGCGAUGGUAAAUUCGAUUGCACCGAUGGAUCCGACGAGAUGCGGUGCAGUCCGCACGGAUGUGAGCCCAACGAGUUUCGCUGCAAUAAUAAGCAGUGCGUCAGCAAGUUGUGGCGUUGCGACGGCGACAAGGACUGCGCGGACAACAGCGACGAGGAGAACUGCGCGCCGUCUCCCCCGGGAUCUCCGUGCCGUUACAACGAGUUCGCCUGCAGCAGCAAUAAACAGUGCAUCCCGAAAAGCUACCACUGCGACAUGGAGCGCGACUGCUUGGACGGCAGCGAUGAAGUUGGAUGCUCUCCCGUUUACAUCGUGAAACCUCCACCGCCGAUGGUCGUUCUCAUGCCGGGCGACUUGUUGGUCCUCACUUGUACAGCAAUUGGUGUUCCGAUACCAGAAAUCAACUGGCGUCUCAAUUGGGGACACAUCCCCGCGAAAUGCACAACCGUGUCUACCAACGGAACGGGUACACUAACAUGUCCAGACAUACAAAUAGAGGACCAAGGCGCAUACUCGUGUGAGGCGUUGAACGUCGGAGGCUUCGUCUUCGCCGUGCCAGAUGCCAUCGUUGUCGUGAAGGAAAAUGGCAAUAUCUGUCCUAAAGGCAAAUUCAAUUCCGAAGCGAAGACUGCUGAAGAGUGUAUCUCAUGCUUCUGCUUCGGCGUCGCCACCGAAUGCCGCAGCGCCGAUCUCUUCACUUAUCAGAUCCCGCCGCCGUUUGACCGCUACAAGAUUGUAUCGGUUGAGACCAUUCCGACAAUUAAAAUCCACGGUGACAUUAGCAAUCAGAUAUCCCAGAUCCGUCCGCUUGCCCGGGACGGUGUUCAGCUGUUAGAGUCUUUCAGUAAUGAUUUGAAUGUCUACAACAUUCCCUACUUUGCGCUGCCGGAGAACUAUCACGGCAGUCAAUUGAAGUCCUACGGCGGCUACCUAAAAUACUCAAUUCGCCACAGCGGUAACGGCACACCGAACUACGCCCCUUCCGUCAUCUUAAGUGGCAACAAUUACAUCUUGGUGCACAAAGGUGAGGAACCAAUACCGGAUUACGAGAACGAGAGAUCAGUCAGAUUCUUCUAUGGCGAGUGGUACAAGCAACAAGGAAGAAGCGAAGUUCUAGCUUCCAGGGAGGAAAUCAUGAUGGCGUUGGCAAACGUUGACAAUAUUCUAAUAAAAGUGAAAUACGACGACUCUCCGCAACUAGACGUUCGUCUCACUAAUAUUAUUAUGGACACCGCUGAUACGCGAAAUACUGGCCUAGGAUCCGCGUCUUUCGUCGAGGAAUGUCAGUGUCCUACAGGAUACACUGGUCUAUCUUGCGAGCAUUGCGCACCUGGUUAUCUGAGACGCGAAAGCGGACCAUGGCUUGGCCAAUGUUACAGAGAUGAACCACCGUGUCCUCCGGGAUAUUAUGGCGAUCCUUCAAGAAACAUCCCUUGCCAGAUUUGUCCUUGCCCACUUACCAACCCAUCGAAUCAAUUCGCUCGCACGUGUCAUCUUGGCUCUGACGGCCAACCCACGUGUGAUUGUCCUUCUGGCUACGUUGGACGCAGGUGCGAGCAGUGUGCCACUGGUUAUCAAGGGAAUCCUCUUAUUCCUGGAGAUAUGUGCGUUCUGGUUCAGCAAUGUGAUCCUAACGGCAGUCUUAGUCCUAACGCCGAUCCACAUACCGGAAAAUGUCAUUGCAAGCAAUAUGCAACGGGUCUCACUUGCAACCAAUGUAAGGCGAAUACCUUUAAUCUGGCCUCGACAAACCAAUUUGGAUGCAUAGCUUGCUUCUGCAUGGGCAUCACCAACAGAUGCGUCUCCUCUAACUGGUACAGGAACGAGAUUCGUGUAUCGUUUACCAACUCGAUUCGAAGUUUCUCUUUGAUCGAAUCCAAGAGCACCGACACACCAGACAUUGUAGAAGGAAUUCAUCUAAACACCAUUAACCGAGAAAUAGUUUAUAGCGAGUUUCCCAAUCGUGGUAACAACGACGUCUACUACUGGCAAUUGCCCAGCAUUUUCUUAGGAGAUCAAAUAACAUCUUACGGUGGUAAUCUCAAGUACACUGUCAGAUAUGUGCCUUCUCCAGGCGGUCAAAGUUCAAGGAACAACGCUGCGGACGUCGAACUCAUUAGCGCUAACGACAUCAACUUGCUUUACUAUUCCCGCGAAUCUCCCGAGCCUAACUCUCAGCAAUCAUUCACCGUACCAUUGCUCGAGCAAUAUUGGCAACGUAAUGAUGGAACUCAAGCGGAUAGGGAGCAUCUUCUAAUGGCUUUAGCGGAUGUACGAGCCAUCAGAAUCAAAGCCACUUAUACGACGCAUACAGACGAAGCUGCGCUCUCCUUCGUGUCUUUGGACACCGCCGAAAAAUAUAACACAGGUAAAGCUCGUGCAGUCGAGGUUGAAGAAUGUACUUGCCCCGCUGGCUACAGAGGACUUUCAUGCGAGGAUUGCGACGUUGGUUACACCCGGGCCAUUGAAGGUCUCUACUUAGGCAUCUGCGAACCGUGCAACUGUAAUAAUCACACGAAUCAAUGCGAUCCCGAAACUGGCACUUGUGAGAAUUGCGCUCAUCAUACUACGGGAGAGUACUGCGAACUAUGUGAACCGGGAUACGAAGGAGACGCUACUCGAGGCACCCCGAACGAUUGCACGUAUAGAAGUCAGAGACCUGAGCCAUGCAGAUGCAACGAGGCUGGUUCACGCAGUACUUCUUGCGUCGACGGUCGAUGCGAGUGUAAGAGGAACGUCGAGGGUCCAGAAUGUAAUCGAUGCCGCCCGUCGACAUACGGAUUACGCGUCGAGAACAUUGAUGGAUGCAUCGAGUGUUACUGCAGCGGAGUAACUGAUCAAUGUCAUGAGAGUACAUUAUACGUACAACAAAUACCGAUGUGGGUAUAUGACUCCCAUCAUGGCUUCACUCUUACGGACUCAACUAGACGCGAUAUAAUUGACGACGGCUUCGAGCUAAAUGUGGCAAUGAAUGAAAUCGGCUACCGCUAUCCGGACAGUAGAAGCCGCAGAUUAUUCUGGUCACUUCCGAGUGUUUUCACCGGUAACAAAGUGAAGAGUUACGGCGGAAACUUGACUUUGACGCAGCAUAUCACCGCGUAUCCUGGCGCUCAGAGUUACAAAGAUCAAGACAUUUUGCUAAUUGGCAACGGCAUUACAUUAUUCUGGACGAAUCCGGUGGAGCUGCAGCCUGAAAUUCCACUAACUUACACCGUUCCUUUGAAAGAGCAUGAAUGGAGAAGACUGACCACCGAAGGACCGCGCAGCGCUUCCAGGACAGAUCUCAUGAUAGUGCUUUCCAAUCUAGAAGCUAUCUUGGUCCGCGCGUCCCACAGCGAGCGAAUGACCGCAACAUAUAUCAGUGACAUCAGCAUGGACACAGCCGUAGAAAAUCUGAUUGGAAACCGACGUGCGACUCAGGUUGAAGCUUGUCGCUGUCCGACCGGUUACACGGGUACUUCCUGCGAAACCUGCGCUCGCGGUUAUUAUAGAGACACCAGCGAUCGGACUAUCAGUUACUUGGGCGCGUGUAAUCCCUGUCCAUGCAACAAAAAUGAAGAGAGCUGCGAAAUCAGCAGAUCUGGUCAUAUCAAAUGCCACUGCCUGCCAGGAUACACGGGACAGUAUUGUCAAGACAGUGGUGUCGGUGAGCUCAUGGUAAGCCUAAUGCCGAUGAACGGCGAAGUCGAGCCGUAUUCCACGAUCCAAUUUACGUGCAACUAUGACUAUCCAGACAUGUUUUACAUCUAUUUUAAAUUGUCGUCGUUCGACGGAUUUCCCAUAACUGCACGGAGUGGCGAAAUCGGCCCGAUAAUGAAGACAGAGAAAGGAGCUAUCCGCACUUGGUUCGUUCACAUGGGGAACGUCCCCUGCAACGUGGAGUGUCACAUCGUGAGUGACCGCGGCAAAGAAUUGGUCAAAAUUGUGACAUCGAUUACGCCAGUUGGAGAACCGCAAACAACUAGUACGCAGAGCUCAGUAUCUCCACCGAAAAUCACAGUUUACAUACAAGAAAAUGAAUUCCAAAUCGUCCAUACAGGAAAAACCGUCCGAUAUCAUUGCACAGGCAGAUCUAGAGAACAUGAAUCGGUGAACAUUAGAUGGGAGAAAGAAGGUGGUCAAUUACCGCCUGAUAGGAGCGUGGACGACUCAAAUGGACUUUUGGUAAUUAGAGAUGUGAAGGUGUCUGAUAGCGGCAUAUAUGUCUGUCAAGUGAGCGACGGAACAAACAUUGGAUAUAAAAAAGUCACACUAACUGUUGGAGCGUUUCCACAACACUUACUAGAAAUACCAGGAACCAAUCCGGUAGAGCCUAGAGUCUCUAUAAGUCCAUCAUAUCAGCAAGUGAGGGAAGGUGAACCUGUUGAGUUCCGUUGCGAAGCCACUGGUAAUCCGGUACCUCAACUGGAUUGGAUAAGAGUUCACGGAAGCAUGAGUCCGGAGGCGACAUUCUACAACGGCGUAUGGAGUCUUCCAGCCGCGUCGAAGAACGAUGCAGCCGAGUACAAGUGCGUCGCUAGGAACAACGUUGGCAUAGAUGAGAAGACGACCAUCUUAUACGUUCAAGAUAAUCCUAAUAAACCACCACCUCAAGGCUUACCGCCGACUAUAACUCCGUCCGAAUGGUCCGGAACCAGCGAAGAUGUCGUCAGGUUGAUCUGCACACCGUCUCAACACGUGAAUGUCACUUGGACGAGAUCCGGUGGAUUGCCGUUACCUUAUACCGCCAGUCAACGUGACGGUAUUUUGACGAUCACCAAUCCCACCCCCAGCGAUUCCGGCAUAUACGUGUGUACCGCGACAAGUGUUCGCGGAACGGAGACGAGUACCACUGCCAGGAUUACGAUAAUGUCUCGGAGAGAACCACCAUUGGUCACGGUCAGGCCGUUUCGACAGGAGGUGAAACAGGGCACUGUGGCUGAAGUACGAUGCAUCACUAGCGGAGAACCAGGUUUACAGGUGAAAUGGAGCAAGUACACGGAAACGAUGAGCUCCCGUGUCCAACAGGUAGGAGACACGCUCAGGAUCAUUAACGUCCAGGUCUCCGAUCGAGGAGUAUAUCUAUGCCGGGUUGCUGGCCCCACAGGCAAUUAUGAGGCUAGUGCCAUCAUCGAAGUUGAACCUCGUGAAGCUCCAGUUUUAGAGCUGUAUCCACAAGAUAUACAAACGGUCAUCCUCGGCGGUUCCGCCGAUCUUCAGUGUCGCGCGAAGGCCGGUUUCCCAGCGCCCGAAUUGCGAUGGUCUCGCGUAGACAAUCGACCAUUCGCCUCCAAUAUCGAGCAACUUCCUAGUGGACUCCUCAGACUGUCGAACAUCACAGCGAACGACGGCGGUGCCUACAUCUGUUCCGCGUCAAAUGAAGUCGGUUCGACGUCAGUCAUCGCGCAUAUCGAGGUGCAGUCUAUGCCUGUGAUCACUAUCACACCGCAGCACGGUAUCUUGCAGGUGAAACGCGGAAGUCGAGUUCGUUUGAUGUGCAGCGCGAGCGGUCAUCCGCAACCCAAUGUGGCUUGGAGCAAAUAUGUGAACGGAAUAACGAUACAGGACACAUAUAGCAGAACAGCAGCUACUCCUUUAAGUGCCGUUUACGAAAUAUUCUCUGUUUCACCCGAUGAUGAAGGAUCUUACACUUGCACAGCUACGAACGCCGUAGGAAUAGCCGAAGAACGUGUCCAGAUCCGCAUUGAGGAUGAUGACGAUUACGUGCCUUGCACUGGCGACAGAGGCGAUAUUCCAUGCGACGAUGAUCGACAGCGACCACCUGAUUCUAGGGACCCGAACAGGGAUCAAACAGAGGGAGGAGUAUUAAUUCCCAAAGAUUACUUGAGAAUCCCGGACGGUGGCAAAGUGGAGAUGCGUUGUCAGGUCUUCGGACCAGAUGGAGACCACAUCUAUCUGGACUGGAAGAGAAGCGAUCAUCGUUCCCUCCCAGAAGGUAGCACAGUGCACAAUGGAGUGUUAAGUAUCCCAACUGUUGAUAGAAACGCUGCUGGAGAGUACAUCUGUUUGGGCUUGGAUCCUGCCGGCACAGUGCUCUUCCGGGCGAAAUCUCAUCUCGAAAUUAUAUCUCCACCAAGAAUUGAAUUAAAUCCAACGCGCCAGACAGUAGGACCUGGAGAAAAUCCAUCUAUAAUUUGCACCGCUACGGGAGAUGAACCUCUGCACAUCGAGUGGAAAGCCAUAGGACGUCCGUUACCAUAUUCUGUAUCGGACAGCGGUGGCAUCCUGCAAUUCCAUGGCAUCACAUAUUCCGACGCUGGCAAAUACGUGUGCAAAGCAACGAACGCAGCAGGAACGGCGGAAGCGGUAGCAGAAGUUUUAGUUAAUGAACAUCCUUACGACAAUGCAAGGAUCCGCGCUGAACAAAGAGACGUAGUAACUCAUGCCGGUAAUUCUGUACGCUUACGUUGUGAGGUGCGCGAACGUGCGACGAUCCAUUGGAGCAGAGAAGGGCUAUCGUUGCCGACCAACGCGCGAAUCGGAGAAGAUUACUUAGAGCUGACGCAAGUGAAACCGGAAGACAGCGGAAGAUACAUCUGUCAGAUCCAGACGAGCCGCGGUGUAUCCAGCGAUUAUAUUAAUUUCAACGUUUCUCCUGCGGCAGUGCCUUCAGUAAGCAUCGAAGUGUCUCAAGAUCCAAUAAACAUCGGCGACACCGUUGAUAUACAUUGCACAUACACUGGAACACGCAAUCCACGUUAUCGCUGGACGAGACCGAAUCAUGUGAGCCUACCAACAAACGCACAGGAGUACGGCAACGUCUUGAGGCUAACUAAUGUAGUCGUUAGCGAUAGCGGACCCUACAGAUGCACAGUUGACACAUCCGAAGGCGUACUCGCGAAGGACUUCAAUUUGAUUGUCCACGGCGGAAUUCUCGAUGAACCAGCGAUUGAAACCAAAUUGGCGCCGUACGGAUCAAGUCUGGAAAUGGAUUGCCGGUUAGAUCUCGAUCCACCAAUACAAUUCCAAUGGAACAAACUCGGUGGACUUCUGCCACGUGACAGUCAGACUUACGAGAACAAAUUAAAAUUAACUAAUGUAAAGGCUGAAAACGCUGGAACGUACAUUUGCUCCGGAAAUAAUGAAGAAUCGCGAGUCGAAGUACCUACGGUGCUAGUUGUAACAGGAGUUGUGCCUAAUUUUAGUCAGGCACCUGAAAGCUACAUUGCUUUCCCUCCUCUACCUGACUCCUACCUCAAGUUCAACAUCGAAAUCUCUUUCAAACCGGAAAGUUACGAUGGCAUUCUGUUAUACAACGACGAAUCUGGUCAUGGUGACGGCGACUUUAUCGUUUUAUCUCUAAAUAACGGAUAUCCACAAUUCAAAUUCAAUCUCGGUUCUGGACCAGCUGUUAUUCGCGCGGAUAAGCCUGUCACCUUGAGCGAGUGGCAUACUAUUAAGAUCCAACGCAAUAGAAAGGAAGGAACGAUGCUGGUGGACGGCGAAGGCCCUUACAAGACGGUUGCUUUAGGCAGACGUCAAGGUCUUGAUCUUAAAGAACCCCUUUACAUCGGCGGAGUGCCCAGCUAUAGCAGAAUCAACGUGCAAGCCGAAGCGAACACUGGUUUCGUCGGAUGCAUCAGCCGACUAGUUCUCGGUGAGAAACAAGUCGAUCUGAUUGGCGAUCAGACUGACAGCGUGGGCAUUACGACUUGCGAAACCUGCGCCGAGAAUCCCUGCAACAAUGGUGGUGUGUGUCAAGAAGCAGCCACGAAAAACGGCUACACAUGUCUGUGCCGAGCCAGUUUCAGCGGCAAACAUUGCGAUAACAUCGGACAGUCCUGCUAUCCAGGUGCCUGCGGAGAAGGUGAGUGCAUCGAUGAAGAAGCCGGCGGCUUCCAUUGUUACUGUCCAAUCGGGAAGACGGGAUCAAGAUGCGAGCAUUCGGUGAACGUCUAUGAUCCGUCUUUCCAUGACGACAGAGCUUUCAUCGCUCACGAGACUCCAAAAGCUCUUAGACGGCUUAAGGUAGCCAUGAGUUUUAAUCCGGUGGACUCUGGAGACGGAAUCUUGAUGUAUUGUUCUCAAAAUGACGAAGGCCUCGGAGAUUUUGCAGCACUCGUGAUAAAGGAUAGGCAUGUCGAGUUUCGCUUCGAUAUCGGCUCUGGAAUAGCGGCAAUAAAAUCACCUCAUCCCGUUCAACCUGGUGUAUGGGCGCAUGUGACGGUGAAUCGAGAUUUCAAGGAUGCGAAACUGUCGGUGAAUGGUGAACCAUUUGUGGAGGGCAAGUCACUUGGAGCUGCGAGAACUAUGAACCUAAAUACGCCUCUUUAUAUCGGAGGGGUUGAUCACAGAAGAAUCACGAUCAAUCGAAACGUCGGUGUUGAUCGUAGCUUCCGUGGAUGCAUAAGUGAACUCGAAGUUUCGUCAGUCAGUUUGGAUAUAAUGAAGUCAUCAAUCGACGCGGCUAAUAUCGAGGACUGUUCAGAGCCUCAUCCGAAUCAAACAAUGAUUCAUACUACUAUCACUACUCCAGCAUCCACGCAACCACCGACAACGUUGUACUAUCCUUGUUCAUCGAACCCUUGCAUCCAUGGUCAGUGUCAAAAUUUAAACGAUGAUUAUUCGUGUACAUGCGAAUACGGAUACGCAGGCAGAAACUGCGAGAAGAUGCAAAAGCAAUGUGAAUUUCUUACCCCAUGUAGAAACAGUGGUACUUGUACAGAUCUUCAUGACUCCUACAAAUGCGAUUGUCGUCUUGGUUAUAACGGGCAAAAUUGCGAAAAGUUGGCAGAGAUUACGUACGAUGUUGCUUUCAAAGGAGAUGGCUGGCUGGAACUAGACAGAUCUGUUAUGAUGCACGAAGAAGAGCGUGAGGUUUUUGGUCUCGAGAUCAGCACUAAUAAGAGUUACGGAUUGAUUAUGUGGCAUGGUCAAACGCCGAACGAUCUAACUCCCGAUGAUUACAUCGCUGUUGCUGUAGUAGAUGGAUACGUGGAGUAUCAAUACAACUUGGGCUCUGGUCCUGCUGUAAUUCGCAUCACCGCCCAGCGCGUCGAUGACGGGGAACGACACAGGAUAAUCCUGAAACGUCAAAGAAGCGACGGUAGCAUCGAACUGAAUGGAGAACAUACCGAAAGCGGUGUCAGUGACGGACUUCAGCAAAUUCUUGAUGCAAGGGGUAACGUUUACUUGGGUGGUUUACCUGAUUAUGCAAUGACUUACGGUAAAUAUCACGACGGAUUCUCCGGUUGCAUUUAUACGCUGGAGGUGCAGGACUCAGGGGCUAUCGAUAUCGGCGAGAAGGCCAUCAAGGGAGUAAAUGUCUCCCCAUGCACCAGAGUAAGAUGGAUACCAUCUUCGCUAGUAUUCACAGAUGCGGAUGCGGAUGGAUUCGAUGCGUUUGUACCACCGCCGCCGGUGAACAUUAUUCAUCCGAAACCCGCGUCCAAUCUUGCCGCGUAUGACAUGACAAGUUAUUCAUUAUUAAUUAUACUUCAAAAUCUCAUCGCUUUGACUAGGGACAUUAAGGAACAAAGUGUACUUCUCACGCUGUUAUGCGUAGACGCAGUUAACGUUUUCAACGGCUUGUUAAGCUAAAUGAAUAGAACAUUAUCGAUUUCACUUGUCGGAAAUACACAUUUCCCUUUAGACCAAAUCAUGUUAUUAUCAAAUCAUGCUGCAAAUGUACAGUACUCUUUAAAGGGUGUGUAUUUCUGCGAGUUUGCAUAAUAUGUACAGUUAAUAAACUUGUAAAUUAUUUAAUGCUUAACACCGACGUUGGAAGUAACACGGUGAAAUUACGUGAUCGAACUGAUAGACUUCCUACACGCGGUGACCUCGAAAGAUAUUGAAUAGAAGAUUCGCAUUUACAUCUAAAAAAUAUACCGCGAAUUCAUAUCACUUACGAGCGGUUAUAGCGUUGAUGUAAAUGUCGUGUUUAAAGCCAAAUAUGUUAAAUUUUUCAUACAUAUCUAAUAUUUUGAGAACAUUAGAAAUAUGAAGGAUCAAAAGCAAAUCUGUUAUCACAGCUAAUCAAACGUUGUCGAAAUAUUGUGUAAUAUAUUAAAGACGCAACUUUUCGAUUAAAGCUAUUUGAUUUGAUGAGGAAUUCUGCAUAUACACAAAAAUCGAAAA